GAGAGAGAGAGAGAGAGAGAGAGUGCGCCCGUGUGUGUUUGCAUCGCUUCCCCCUCAUUUGCAUUCGUUUCUCAGCUUCUUUUUUCCACGCCACGCUCCCUCUUUCCAGACUUUCGCAUUUGGAAACCUCUUGGAAACAAACACCAAAAAAAACUUAGCAUAUCUGACGGGGGAGCUGCUGCUUAUACUUCUCCUGAGUGGAAAAAAAGGGGCAAAUUGUGAACAUUUUCGCGCAUUUUUGCCCCCCUCUCCAACCCACUCAGCACCAAGCACCCAGCCCCGGCUCGCGGAGACACACGUGCGCUUGGAGAGAGAGAGAGAAGGAGAGAGAGAGAGAGCACCGCUCGCGCGCUGGGGAGACGCUUUCUUCAGUCGUCAGUUUCUCCAUAUUCUAUUUUUUUCCGUUGUCGUCGUCGUCGUUUCCCUCAGUGAGAGGGGGGCUAACGCGCUAGCCGCUCGGCGUCGUUGUUUUUUUCAGCCACAACUUAAGCAUGUCGGAGGUGCUGCCGUACAACGAGGAGAAAAUGAGUCGUUAUGGCGACGACGGCGACGAGGAUCAGCACCUUUCCUUCACCUGCCGCCUCCAGGACACCAACAACUUCUUCAGCGGCAACCAGAACAAGCGACCGCCCAAGCUCGGCCAGAUUGGGAGAAGCAAAAGAGUUGACGAAGACAAUGAUGCCGAAGCACUGGAGAAGACCACAGACAAGUCGUCCUCGUCGGCGUGAAUGGAUCCAAAGACACUUAAACCUUUUGAUGUGUGUACCCAAAGACAUUGUAAAGAAGCACUCUCUCCCAUCUGGCAACAAAGCACUUCACACUUGCUCUCCAACUCCCUAUGUCCAUUGAACGGGGGAUUGCUGAUGGACAUUGCGGCGGGCGCCCGUGCAGGGGGGAUCUGGACGAAAGGGCCCAGGGGGUCAUGGAGGAAUACUGUGUUUUCCAAACUUCACUCGAGCUAUGUGCAAUGACAGAGGUCAGUCUCGUAAAACGAGGCUGGCCUCUCCUACCGGGAUAUGAUGAAGCAAUUAGAGAGACUGAGCGAAUUAUACCAUUAACAUCAAACCAGUGUCUUCCCCCCAACUGUAAUCUGAUGCACAGUUAGCCGAGUUGCCGCUGAUGAUGUUAAUGGUAAAAUGGCAAAGUCGACGUCUCUUCCACAGUGAAUCUCUAAAGAGAUUCACUAUGUAUUUAAGGGGAAAAAGGCUAUUUAUUAAAUCUUUGGAUACAUUUUUUUUGCAGUGUUGGAGGUCUGAGCAAAUAUUUUAUAGAGAAUGACAGGAAAAACAAGUGAUUUUCCUUCCGAUUUAUGUUUUUUGGAUGUAGCUUGACUAAGGGAUUACCAUGGUCUACCCCCUCCUCUCUCCUUUAUGGUAAUUUCAUACAUGCAUUUGAUGUUUCUGAGCUGACGAGGGUUAGAUCAGGUAUGUCAAGUUCAAAAAACAGAAAAGAAAAAAAAUUACUGUUGCAUUAUUAUUAUUGUACUACAUAUUUAUUGUAGGUGUGCCAAAUAAUCAUGACAGAAAUAUGUAUUUCUGUGCUCUCUACAUGUGCACAGUUUUAUUAAUAUUUGGUGUUCAUGUUUACAGGGCUUUUUUCAUACUAGUGAUGUACUUUAGUCAUGCAUGACGAACCUCGAGACCUCAAGAGAAUCUUCUUGAUUAUUAUAAUGGCUAAUGUUGUGUUUAUUUCACAGAACAUUUCUACGGGAAUAUCUGUAAUAUUAAAGAUUUUGAGAAACGGAAAAAAA